AUGGUCAAAAUCGCGGUUGCGGGUGGCUCUGGAAAUAUUGGGCAGGAAAUCAUCGAUGCACUUAUUGCUACCCAGAAACACGAAAUCUUACUUCUAUCGCGAAAGGUAUACUGCUUGCUUGCUUCUCAAUCGCGAUUUUUGGGUAGCCAAGUUGACCGUUUCUCAAAGGAUGCCCCAUCUGAGGAUGUUUUGAACCGAGUGAGAUGGGUCAAGGUUGACUAUAACGAUCCAAAGCAGCUGGCCCAAGUUUUACAGGGAGUGCACACUUUGCUGUCAUUCACAAUCCUGCAGGAAGAUCCUUUGAGUCCAGUGCAGAAAAACCUUAUCGAUGCAGCAGUUCAAGCAGGCGUAAAACGCUUUGCACCAAGCGAAUGGGGCUCGUCCAAUCUGGAGCACUUGAGCUGGUACGCUUAUAAGGGAGAAACUCGCAGGUAUCUCGAGGAGUUGAAUAAGGACAAGAAAGUGCUUGAGUACACACUUUUCCAGCCUGGUUUUAUGAUGAACUAUUUGACUCGGCCUCACAAGUCAUCCAAGCACCUUCAGCAGAUAGAUACUCCAUGGGACCUCUAUAAUCGCCGGUUCAUCGUAAUGGAUGGCAGUGAUGAUCACAUUAUCACUCUCACUACGGUUCAGGAUCUCGCCAAUGUAGUUGCCCGCGCGAUUGAUUUUGAAGGCGAGUGGCCUGUCGUUGGUGGCAUCAAGGGCACAGACAUCAGCAUGGGGCAGUUCGCUAGACUUGCUGAGAGCGUCCGCGGUGGUACUCCCUUCAAAAUUGAGAGGCUGAAGAAGAAUGAUCUUCUGAGUGGAGAAUGGAAGACUUCGUGGCUUCCUAAGGUUGAGCACCCCUCUAUUCCAUCCGGUCAGCUUGACAUGAUGUCGAGAGUCAUUGUCUCUGGUCUUGUGCUUGGUAUUUCAGCCAAAGAUUUCGUUGUUUCAGAUGAAUGGAACCAGCUGCUGCCAGACUACAAGUUCACCCAAGCUGAGGACUUCUUGGCGGAGGCAUGGCAGGGUAAACCUUAG